UUUGGAAAGAGUGGCCCCUGUCUGUCUCUCUGUCGGAAGUGAUAUGCAGUGUCCCCGGCUCCUCCCCCUCCCUAGAACGGCCGCUGGCUGGAUGUCUAUGGGAAGACAGGAGAGAUGGCGCUCCAUACAGCUAGUCGCAGUACGAUCCUUAUGGUGCUCAUCUCCAUCGGGCUGACCGUGGCUCUGGGUUUCGGACUCCCCGAGAUCCUGAAGCUGAUCUUUCGGCUUUUGGGGUUUCCUAUUGAUAAUGCCUCACAUGCCAUUGUCUUGGUGUACUUUGUAUUUGUGAUGUUUGUGGCCAUGCCAUCCAUACCCAGGGGCACACUACCAUUGGAAGGAAAGGCAGUCCUAAUCACAGGCUGUGACAAAGGGUUUGGAUUUGCUUUGGCAAAGCACCUGCACAAAUUGGGAUUUCAAGUAUUUGCAGGUUGUUUAUUAAAGGAUAAGAAUGGAGAAGGAGCUCAGGAACUGGAAAAUGUACAAUGUGAUCGCAUGAAAGUCCUUCAGAUGAAUGUCUGUAGUGACGAGGAAGUUGCCAAUGCUGUGGAAUUUGUGAACAAGCACCUUGAGGACCCUGAAAAAGGUUUGUGGGGCUUGGUUAAUAACGCCGGCAUUGCUACAUUUGGAGAAGUGGAGUUUACAAGCCUUGACACAUAUAAAGAAACUGCAGAUGUAAAUUUGUGGGGAACUAUUAGAGUGACAAAAGCUGUUUUGCCUCUGAUACGUCGUAGUAAAGGUCGGGUGGUAUGUAUGGCAAGCAUGCUUGGAAGAAUGGGCAGCCCAUCCCGAUCAAGCUACUGUAUUUCCAAAUAUGGAGUAGAGGCCUUUUCUGACUGUCUAAGACAAGAGAUGUACAAGUGGGGGGUAAAGGUAAUUACAAUUGAACCUGGAAACUUCAUAGCUGCCACUGGAAUAUUCACAAAAGAAGGAGUAGAAAGACGUGGAGAAGAGAUGUGGGAGCAAGCCUCCGAAAUUGUUCGUGCCGAUUAUGGGAGAGUUCAUUUCUCUCAUCAGGUUGCCAGAAUGAAAGCUUUUGUUAGUUCUGGUGUGAAAGAUAUGACUGCUGUUCUCAAUGGAAUCACAGAUGCGUUAUGUUCUAAAUACCCAUACACACGGUACAAUCCUACAGACACCUACUACUGGAUAAAGAUGCAGCUUAUGUCCCACCUUCCUGCUGGCAUUGCGGACUGGAUUUAUAUUCACUGAAGACAGUUUGUUUGUUUGAAAUUACUGAUGAUAAAAAAAAAUUGCAAAUUUAAGUGUGCUG